UUAAAAGGAAAGAAAGGCGAUAAAUGACCCUCUCUUUACUAACAUCCAAAUGGAUUCAGUCAAGAUACGAAUUUCUACAUGAAGUCAAAGAACAGUUCUCACGUAAAUUACAGAAGUAUGAAGAACAAAUGAUCAUGUUUCCAAAGUCGUGUUAUCUGUGCCAUUGGCAGGAUAAUAUGCUUACCUGCAUAAAGUGUUAUUCUGCUAACUAUUGCCUCAAACAUGAACAAGACUUCCAAGAAUAUCAUUCGUCAAAAUGCCAGAGCUUGUUGUUAUUUCUCAACCUCGAUAUGAAAGAUCUCUGUGGUAUAAAAUUUGAAAGAAAGUUCUGUGCAUUUCCAGAUGAUGGAAAACCUGUUGAUGAUACGCAUUGUUUUAUUAUAUAUUAUAUGCGCAACGUUCCAGAAAACUCAGAAUCUUGGGAAGUUAAUGAAUAUGUUUAUUCAGAUUACAUAUCAGGACCAUUAACCUUCUAUUACGGAAUGAAGAAUGCGAAUUUAUUAAGUCUUCACAUGGACAGAGAUUUAUAUAUUGUUCACGUAAUAACAUCAAACUACCUUGAGAGAAAAUAUAUUGCAGCUUGGGAGCUUCUCUUGCACGGUUUACGUUGCACAAAGCUAACUAUUGUACUGGUAGGACUAGAAUUAGAUGAUGAAAGUGGCGAUAUCGAUGUUUGUUGCUUGUGCAUAAAUCGCCAGAAGAAGCUUAGAUUCAUAUUUUGUUCUAUGUUGUAUCACAAUUAUGUAAACGAUCAGUCAUUUCAGCGCCCAGAUUUCAUUGUAAGAUUUGAAGCAGAUUUUACGAAUAAAAAUAUAAAUAAGAUUGAUAUGCUUUUCCAACCAAUUUCAAGACCUCGAUAUAAUAUCGAAAAUAAAUUUAAAUCCAUUAGACCAUGGAGAAAUUUGGAGAAUGAUUUUGUCUCGUAUCGUAAUGCACAUGUGACUAUCUACAAAAAUUUACUUCCACUGAGCUUAGUUGAACCGAUUUGA